AUGGUUAAGUCAUCAUGUUGUUCACUCGUGUUUAAUGAUAUUUCCAAUAAUCAUUCAUCAUCAUCAUCAUCAUCAUCAUCAUCAUCAUCAUCAUCAUCAUCAUCAUCAUCAUCAUCAUCAUCAUCAUCAUCAUCAUCAUCAUCAUCAUCAUCAUCAUCAUCAUCAUCAUCAUCAUCAUCAUCAUCAUCAUCAUCAUCAUCAUCAUCAUCAUCAUCAUCAUCAUCAUCAUCAUCAUCAUCAUCAUCAUCAUCAUCAUCAUCAUCAUCAUCAUCAUCAUCAUCAUCAUCAUCAUCAUCAUCAUCAUCAUCAUCAUCAUCAUCAUCAUCAUCAUCAUCAUCAUCAUCAUCAUCAUCAUCAUCAUCAUCAUCAUCAUCAUCAUCAUCAUCAUCAUCAUCAUCAUCAUCAUCAUCAUCAUCAUCAUCAUCAUCAUCAUCAUCAUCAUCAUCAUCAUCAUCAUCAUCAUCAUCAUCAUCAUCAUCAUCAUCAUCAUCAUCAUCAUCAUCAUCAUCAUCAUCAUCAUCAUCAUCAUCAUCAUCAUCAUCAUCAUCAUCAUCAUCAUCAUCAUCAUCAUCAUCAUCAUCAUCAUCAUCAUCAUCAUCAUCAUCAUCAUCAUCAUCAUCAUCAUCAUCAUCAUCAUCAUCAUCAUCAUCAUCAUCAUCAUCAUCAUCAUCAUCAUCAUCAUCAUCAUCAUCAUAUCUAGCAAUUAAAUCACGUUUAUAAAGCUAGUAAAUGUUAUCGAAGACAAUAAUAGACAUGUCACAUAAUUUUGUGCAUUAAUUGAAGCUAGAUAUUGACACUGUUAGAUGCUGACUCACUGGUCUAGAGUUUAAGUGUUCGCAUGUGAGACCGAGGGGUUCUGAAUCCGAAUUUCGCAUGGCGGAAUCAUAGAUACGCUUUGUUGAGGUGUCCUACAAUAGUGUGUAACGGUCGUCCAUUGCUUCCAGGUUCUUCAUGGUGGUCUAACUUCAAUGGACUCAUAAUCUCAACUAUUAAAAUGGAAAAUAUUGCGGAAUUAAGAAAAAAACAGCUUUUUUUU